ACGUGACAGCUGGUAACACUGUUUGUACAUGUGCCGGGUCAACAGAAAAACUUCAGAUAAAAAAUCCAAUCGAAGCGUCCAGAAAACAAACGAAAAACAAAUUUAAUUUGCCAACAGUACAAAUACUCUCUACAAUGUCUGCCGAGGAAGGAAAGUUCGACAAUAUCCUGUUGGCUGUGGCUGAAAAGCAUCGCGGAGGCGUGCCCGAGUUCCUGGGCACUUUGGCCAGUUUUCUGCGCCGCAAAACCGAUUUCUUCACCGGUGCCAAACAGGCGGAAUGGGAGAAACUCCUGCUGGAUGUGUUCAACAAGGAGUCCAAGUUGGCCAUAAGCGCCCACAGCGAAAAGCUUAAGAGUCGCGAGGCCGCCCAACGUCAAAAGGACGAAAAGGAGCGGGCCGAAAGGGAGGCACGCAAAAAGGAGAUCGACGACAACAAAAUAUGUGAUAUCACCGAUGAGGAGGCAGCGGCCAUCAUCAAGGAGGAGGAGAACAAAAAACGACAGCAGCUACUGGCUGGCGCUGGUGGAGAGCCCGCUGCCUCGAAUCGCGAUGACAUAUCCAAGCCCAUCGAAAAAGUUGACGAUGAGACCGAGAAAGGCGAGCUGGGCAAGCUGCUACCAAAUUCAGGAAAUGGUUGCACCUUGGAAAAAUACACCUGGACACAAACACUGCAGGAGGUGGAGCUCAAGAUUCCCUUCAACGUGUCAUUCGCUCUGCGAGCCCGUGAUCUGGUGGUCAGCAUUGGAAAGAAGACGCUGAAGGUGGGCAUCAAAGGUCAAGAGCCCAUCAUCGAUGGCGAGCUGUGCGCCGAGGUGAAGCAGGAGGAGUCCGUGUGGGUCUUGCAAGACAGCAAAACCGUGAUGAUCACCCUGGACAAGAUCAACAAGAUGAGCUGGUGGAGUCGCCUGGUCACAAGCGAUCCGGAGAUAUCCACGCGCAAGAUCAACCCAGAGUCAUCGAAGCUUUCGGAUCUAGAUGGACAGACACGCAGCAUGGUGGAGAAGAUGAUGUUCGAUCAAAGGCAGAAGGAGAUGGGUCUGCCCACCAGUGAUGAUCGCAAAAAGCAGGAACUACUUGAAAAAUUCCAGCAGCAGCAUCCUGAGAUGGACUUCUCCAAGUGCAAAUUCAACUAGUUCAACAUUCUCAGCUUAACCAGUAUAACUUUCGCUUUCUCACUGUUUCACAUUUGAAAUGUGAAUUCUUCUUCAUUUUUCCAAACACACAAUAAACUAAUGCAAACGGUAUAAAAA